AAAUCCGAAAUAGCCCAAAUCUGAUCCCUAACCCCCAACAAAAAAUAAGUUGUUUUUUUCUUUUCUUUUUUCUUGAUCGCAGAAAUUUUCUAAGUCUCUGUAGGAGCUCGUCGUCUUCAUCGACCUAUUGCUCCACCUUCCAUUUAUAGGAUUUUCCCUCUCAUAUGUCUUCUUCGAUUGUUAUUAGGGUUUCUUCGCCUUCCAAAUCAGAUUUUUAAGAAUUAAAGAGUGGGAAGAUGACGAUGAACGAGCGCAAGACAAUUGACCUAGAUCAAGGAUGGGACUUUAUGCAGAAGGGAAUCACAAAGUUGAAGAACCUUUUGGAAGGGCUGCCCGAGCCACAAUUCAGCGCUGAAGAUUACAUCAUGCUUUAUACGACAAUUUAUAACAUGUGUACUCAAAAGCCUCCACAUGACUACUCCCAGCAGCUGUAUGACAAGUACCGAGAAUCAUUUGAAGAGUAUAUUACUUCAACGGUUUUGCCAUCACUAAGGGAGAAGCAUGAUGAAUUUAUGCUGAGAGAGCUUGUGAAAAGAUGGGCAAACCAUAAAAUCAUGGUUAGGUGGCUUUCUCGAUUCUUCUUUUAUCUGGACCGCUACUUUAUUGCCCGAAGGUCACUUCCACCCCUUAAUGAGGUUGGACUCACAUGCUUCCGUGAUCAGGUCUACCAGGAAGUAAAUGCAAAAGUAAGGGAUGCUGUAAUUUCUUUGAUUGACCAAGAACGUGAAGGAGAGCAGAUUGACCGAGCUCUAUUGAAGAAUGUUUUGGAUAUCUUUGUUGAGGUCGGGAUGGGGCAAAUGGAUCACUAUGAAAAUGAUUUUGAAGAAGCCAUGCUUAAAGACACUGCUGCCUAUUAUUCUCGAAAAGCUUCAAAUUGGAUUCUAGAAGAUUCUUGUCCAGAUUAUAUGCUAAAGGCAGAGGAAUGUUUAAGACGGGAGAAAGAUAGAGUUUCUCAUUACUUGCACUCUAGUAGUGAGCCAAAGCUGCUGGAGAAAGUUCAACAUGAGUUGUUGUCGGUGUAUGCAACCCAAUUGCUUGAGAAAGAGCACUCUGGAUGCCAUGCUUUACUUAGAGAUGAUAAGGUAGAGGAUUUGUCUAGAAUGUUCAGGCUCUUUUCUAAGAUACCUAAAGGCCUGGAUCCUGUGUCUAACAUAUUUAAGCAGCAUGUCACUGCUGAAGGAACGGCCUUAGUCAAACAGGCUGAAGAUGCAGCUAGCAACAAGAAGGCAGAUAAGAAGGAUGUGGUUGGUCUGCAGGAACAGGUUUUUGUUAGAAAAGUCAUUGAGCUGCAUGACAAAUAUCUAGCAUAUGUCAGUGACUGCUUCCAAAAUCAUACACUUUUUCACAAGGCCCUCAAGGAAGCUUUUGAGGUCUUUUGCAAUAAGGGUGUUGCUGGAAGCUCAAGUGCUGAACUAUUAGCCACAUUUUGUGAUAAUAUCCUUAAGAAAGGUGGAAGUGAGAAACUGAGUGAUGAAGCAAUUGAGGAGACACUUGAAAAGGUCGUCAAGCUGCUUGCUUAUAUUAGUGACAAAGACUUGUUCGCUGAAUUCUAUAGGAAAAAGCUUGCUCGACGUCUUCUUUUUGAUAAGAGUGCUAAUGAUGACCAUGAGAGAUGUAUUUUGACAAAACUUAAGCAGCAGUGUGGUGGACAGUUCACGUCAAAGAUGGAGGGGAUGGUUACAGAUUUGACAUUGGCGAAGGAAAAUCAAACCAGCUUUGAGGAGUACCUAAAUAAUAACCCUCAGGCAAAUCCGGGGAUUGAUUUGACUGUUACUGUUUUGACCACUGGCUUCUGGCCAAGUUACAAGUCUUUCGACCUCAACCUUCCAGCUGAGAUGGUUAAGUGUGUUGAAGUCUUCAGGGAAUUCUAUCAAACAAAAACAAAGCAUAGAAAACUUACAUGGAUAUAUUCCUUGGGUACUUGUAACAUCAGUGGCAAAUUUGAACCAAAAACGAUGGAGUUGAUUGUCACCACUUAUCAGGCAUCUGCCCUGCUGCUAUUCAAUUCCUCAGACAGAUUGAGUUAUUCAGAGAUCAUGACUCAGCUAAACUUGAGCGAUGAUGAUGUUGUUAGACUGCUCCAUUCAUUGUCAUGUGCCAAGUAUAAGAUCCUAAACAAGGAGCCUAACACAAAAACAAUCUCUCCUACUGAUCACUUUGAGUUCAACUCGAAGUUUACUGAUAAAAUGAGGAGAAUCAAGAUCCCUCUGCCACCUGUGGAUGAAAAGAAGAAAGUAAUUGAAGAUGUAGACAAGGACAGACGGUAUGCCAUUGAUGCCUCAAUUGUGCGCAUCAUGAAGAGCCGUAAAGUUUUGGGUCACCAGCAGUUAGUUAUGGAGUGUGUCGAGCAGUUGGGUCGCAUGUUUAAGCCUGACUUCAAAGCCAUUAAAAAGCGGAUUGAGGACCUGAUCACUCGAGACUACUUGGAAAGAGACAAAGAUAACCCUAAUCAGUUCAGGUACUUGGCGUGAUUCAUUCUUGUCGAGUAUCUGUCAAAUGGCUUGGAGACUCGCUUUGGAAACUGGCACAAAAAGAAGGUCAGUUCAUAACGUGAGUGGCCGAAUCUUGUGUGUAAAAUGCCGUUCUGUGGAUGCCCCUUUGGUGUUUCCUUAGAAGCAGAAGCUGAGAAUGUUUGUACAUUUUGACGUCGGAGCCAUAUAAGGGGAACAGUUGUAGAUUUGUGAACCCAUGAUGGAGAAAUUGUAAUUGAUUCCAUAAUGUGGUCCAAUGCUUCAGUGGGACCAUCCUGUAUCAUGACCUAAAUUAUAUGCUUUGCUUUUAACGGUUUCUUUGCCCCCACUGAAAGGAAAUGUGUAGUAUGAUUUCCACACCUUUAGCAUUUUGAUUGUCAAUUAAAAUUUAUCAGGUGAAUGGUUUGUAUUUUGGAAUGCGAAACCUAUUUGAUGCAUUUGCUUUAUUAUA